AUGGCGACGGCAGCGGCCAAGAUGGCCACCCAGGCCGGGCCUACCUUCAGGAUAGGCGGCAAGCAGGUAUUCCUCCCGACAGCCCUUGUCACCUACUUGCCAUCGCAGAGAGACCCAAAUUUUGCAAGAUUUCAAGUUCCCAUGACUUUCAACAAGCUCGACCUGAGGGACUAUCUUUACCACUGCUACAAUGUCGAAGUCCGAUCGGUCAGGUCCUUCAUCCAGCAAUCACCGAUCAAGUCUUCGGACGGCGUUAUAAACGGCAGACCCAAGCAGUCCAAGAAGAUGCGGCCCCAGUCGAAGAAGUUCAUGAUCGUUGAGCUGGUCAAGCCGUUCAUGCCCCCUUCCACGCCGCAGGAUCUUUCGCCUUGGGAACUCGAAAACCAAGAUCUAAGGCAGACCGAGAUCGAGACUACCGAAGACUAUGCCAAGGCCUUGCAAAAGAAACCCGGUGUCAGCCCGCUCCGGUUGCCGGUUACUUCGUCGAGGAUUCUGCAAGCUCAGCAGGCGCAGGCGCUGCGGAAGGGCGGCAUCGAUUGGGAGAACAAUGUGAAGCUCGAUGACAGAUGGCGCGAGGUUGAGAUUGGGUGGGAGGCGGCGCAAGAGAAGGAAAAGGAACAAUAG